AUGGCGAAAGAAAAAGAAGAACAAAAAAAAGAAAAACCUUCAUCAUCAUUGUCAUUUUUAAAGGAAAUCUCAUUUCCAUUCAACACCACUUUCUUGAUAGUAAACGCGAUAUUCCUCGUCACGUCCGCUUUCUGGUUCGUCACCGUCUCGACAUUACAUUACAAAACCGAUGAAUGUAACCGGUUCUUGACAACUCCCGGAAUCUUCGUGAGCUUCGCAUUGCUCGCCAUGACUCUCACCGGAUUCUACGCCGCUUACUACAAAUCCGAUUGUCUCUUCAGAAUCCACUUCUUCAUCUUCUUCUUGUGGAUGUUCGUGGUCGUUGCUAAAGCCGUUUUCGUUUACUGUCUCCAUCACGAGACCAAUCCUAGGUUGUUCCCUGGGACCAAGAUCCAUGAGUUUAGGUUCGAGGAUUACUCUGGAUGGGUUCGUAGAUUGGUCAUCAAAGAAGAUGAAUGGUAUCGUACUAGGAGAUGUCUUGUUAAAGAUAAUGUUUGUAACACCCUUUUCUCUAACCAAAACAUGCCCGCUUCUGAGUUUUAUCAGAUGAAUCUAACUCCUUUACAGUCGGGUUGCUGCAAGCCACCACUUUCAUGUGGAUUCAAAUAUGAGAAACCAAAUCUUUGGAAGGUUUCAAGAUAUUAUAACAACUUAGAAGAAGAUUGCAAGACAUGGAACAAUUCGGCAAACACAUUAUGCUUCGAUUGUUAUUCAUGUAAAGCUGUGAUUAUUGCUGAUUUACAUAAUAAUUCGUUUUCCCUUACAAUUAAUAUCCUUCAUAUCAUCUUUAGUCUUUCCAUUGGCAUUGUCGGUUGGUUUGCUUGGUUAAGGAGCCUUCGAGCAACUCAGAACUAG